AUGCUCGCGCAACGUGCAUGUAGCAGCGCACGCGGCAUCUUGUCCGCCUCUCGUUCGAUACCUGUUGGUUCGCGCUCUUUUGCAGCUGGCGUUAUCACGCAAAGCUCAGCUCGAGCUCCAGCGCUGGCCGACAUCACGCCUGAUGCCGCCGCAAGCUUCAACAAGAAACAGAAGGAAUUCCGUGAAGGUCUUGUAGCUGCUCAGAAGCGGAAGGAGCAGGAAGAAAGUGCGUCCCCUUCUGGUCAUCUGUCUGUGUCAGGUCCUUCAUUUGACGAAAGCGCUGCUGUCAUUGGCAAGACCCUAGGGUCGCUAACAUCUUCAAACGCAGAGGAAGCUCGUGCUCGUGAGCAGGAAAGCGGAAAGAAGAAGGGCGGAGCCCUGUCGUCUCUCAUCUAUGGGACGCCUGAGGGUCGUGAGCUCGACAAAGAUAUCGAGCGAAGCUUCUCUCAGGUCCUAGCACGCGGCAAGUACGUUCACUCAAUCGUGUUCCACGAUGUCAAGCCAGACAAGGUCGAAGAGUACAACGAGCUGGUGGGUAACUGGUAUCCAAAAAUGGCAGCCAUUCCCGAGAAUAAGGUGCAUCUUGUGGGCAGCUGGAGGACCGAGGUCGGUGACUGCAACACCUUUGUCCACAUCUGGGAAUAUCAACGCUAUGAAGGCUACCACCAAUCACUUCACAACAUUCAAUCGCACCCGGACUUCGCCGCAUUCGAUGCCAAGCUGAAGAGUCUCAUCCGAUCGAAGCACACGUCGCUUAUGCAGGAGUUCUCUUUCUGGCCUACAACUCCCCCACGCCAGCUCGGCGGUCUCUUCGAACUGCGAUCUUACACACUACACCCGGGUAAUUUGCUUGAGUGGGAAACACACUGGAGGCGUGGUUUGAAGGCACGCAGGGAGGUUAUGGAGGGCGUCGGUGCCUGGUUCGUCCAGAUUGGCGAGCUGAACACUGUGCAUCAUCUGUGGCAGUUCGCCAAUUUGGAGGAGCGUAAGAUUCGCCGCGAGCAGAGUUGGAAUGUUGAGGGAUGGGGCGAGACAGUGCACAAGACGGUGCCAUUGAUCCAAACUAUGAAGAGCCGGAUCUUGGUCCCCUGCGCAUGGAGCACCGUUGCUUGA